AGAAGGUUAUCUUCGUAAAGUAGCUGAUAAGUGAACCAACUGUAUCAUCCUUGUAGUCUUAAGAAAAAAGGAAUGAGAGCAGAUAUAUCAUGAAAUUCCUCUUUGCUGUGAUACUGCUCUGUAUUGUGCACACUGUCUGGGGUGACAAUGACAUCGAAUCCACAUUUGGUGACUUUAAAGCAUCACCACGACAAGAUCUGCCAUUCCUAGAACUGGCUAACUACGACGGCUACACAGCUGAACAGCAUUUCGUAACGACCGAAGAUGGGUAUAUCUUGAGCGUGUUCCGACUGCCUAUACAGAAAAGUUGUGAGACCUCCAAAGGUGUGAUAAUGUUCAUGCACGGCCUCUACCUCAGCGGUGACGACUGUCUUAUACCAGGUCCCGGGAAGGCACACUGCUACGUCUACUCCGACAACUGCUACGACGUUUGGGUUCCCAACGUUAGAGGAAACUUCUACAGCAGAAACCAUACAACACUGAACCCUAACAAAGACUCAAAAUUCUGGGACUUUUCCGUUGAUGAGCUGGCCGUCUUAGACCUACCCGCAGUCAUAGAUUAUGUCUUACUUGAAACCGAGGAAUCAGAACUAUCAUACGUGGCGCACUCUCAGGGAGUAUCUAUGUUGCUAAUUCUUUGUGCAACGAAGCCCGAGUACAAUGAUAAGAUAAAGGUUGGGUUUGGAUUAUCACCUACAGCGUGGUUGGAUAACUCGAGGUUCAUCGUCAUCAAAUUCCAGAGUCUUAUUGCCCCGGGAUUGACACUAACUGGUCCGUUACUAAAUGUAGAAGUGUUGCAACGCAAUGGUCUUUUGCAGUCUUCUGGGGAGUUAUUUUGCGGUACUACUACACUGGCAUAUCCUAUCUGCUCCUUCCUUAUCUUCGCCGCACUGGGGUACAAUGAGUUUCAGAUCACAGCCGAUGUUUUACCUGUAGUAGUUGGGCAUACUCCUUCAGGAACAUCUCUUAAGAAUUUUGUCAGAUGGGGUCAGAUCCAGAACAAUGGAUUCUCUAAAUAUGACUAUGGAACACUUAAAAAUUUAAUUACAUAUAGAACGGCGAAACCCCCGUUAUAUGACUUGUCUGGUGUGUCAAUGCCCUGGGUGUUUUUAGGCAGUGAUAACGACUAUGUUGCCAAUGUCACUGACAUAAAGUUCCUUCAGACCAAAAUACAGAACAGUUCACUUUGCGUGCUCUCCGAUAAGACAUUUGGCCAUCUUGAUUUUAUAUAUGGUAAAGACAUUCCUAAUUAUUUGACUCCAAUUGUUUUGUCUUAUCUAGAUACCGGGAGCUAUACGUGUACAUGA